AUUUAUAUAUGAUCAUGGAACCAGGUUUCAAACAAGGAUCUACCUUUAAAUUCCUCAGAAGUGUCAACAUAGCUAUACUCAUCAUCAACUUCCUCUUUAUCUGGGGAUCUAGCCAGAAAUACGGUAUCUUUAUGGAUAUUUUACCUUAUCACCUUGUGUUUAUCUUACCAAGCGCUCUUUACCACAUGUUGGGAAGUAAGGAUGAAGUAUCUUCUCAUCCUAGAGUAAGAAAAAUACUCUCUAGACUUGGAUCAGUGUUCCAUUUGUUCCUUAUCUUAGCCUUUGUUAUAAAUUAUGUAAAGCUCGCAAAUUCUACAGAAGAGAACGAAAUUUACCUCUUGUGGGCAAUAAUGUUCUUCCUCAGUUUUCCAGCAGCAAUCAUAUCGGUUUCAUUCUUGCUGAUGGUAUUAUUACCUUCUGAACCAAAAAGAUUGAUCUUGGUAACCACUAAUCAUUGUCAAAUGGAUAGACCGCUGAUUUACUCUAGCACUCCAAAACCACUCACCUUGCCCUAUCAGCAUUUAAGCCCAUAACUCCUAAUCAUUCCUGAAUAAAUGGGUAGUACAAUUCAAC